GCGGGCCGCGGAGGUCCCGGCGCGGGCGCCGCAGCCCAUUGUGCGCCCCGCAAGGCGCGCUCUGUUGCAGAAGAGCCCCGGCCGCGAAGUGUGGACGCAUCUCUCCCGAGGCCCGGCCGCCUUGUUCGCUCUAGUCCAGCCAAGCCGGAGCACCUCGGACCAAUCCCCGGUGAUUAUGCAAGACAGCGGACCAAUCAGCUCCGCCAACUUAUGAAUAUUUAUGACCUUGGCUGAGUCAAAGCUUUGAAGCGAGUUUGGGGAGCUCGGCAGCAUCAUGCUUAGACUUUUCAAAGAGACAAACUCCAUUUUCUUAUGAAUGGAAAGUGAAAACCCCUGUUCCGCUUAAAUUGGGUUCCUUCCUGUCCUGAGAAACACAGAGACCCCCAAAAGGGAAGCAGAGGAGAGAGAGACCCACACCCAGACCCCGCGAGAAGAGAUGACCAUGACCACCAUGCCAGAAAGUCUCAACAGCCCUGUGUCGGGCAAGGCGGUGUUUAUGGAGUUUGGGCCGCCCAACCAGCAAAUGUCUCCUUCUCCCAUGUCCCACGGGCACUACUCCAUGCACUGUUUACACUCGGCGGGUCACUCGCAGUCCGACGGCGCCUACAGCUCGGCCUCGUCCUUCUCCCGACCGCUGGGCUACCCCUACGUCAACUCGGUCAGCAGCCACGCGUCCAGCCCCUACAUCAGUUCCGUGCAGUCCUACCCGGGCAGCGCCAGCCUGGCCCAGAGCCGCCUGGAGGACCCAGGGGCGGACUCCGAGAAGAGCACGGUGGUGGAAGGCGGUGAAGUUCGCUUCAAUGGCAAGGGGAAAAAGAUCCGCAAACCCAGGACAAUUUAUUCCAGUUUGCAGUUGCAGGCUUUGAACCGGAGGUUCCAGCAAACUCAGUACCUGGCUCUGCCCGAGAGGGCGGAGCUCGCGGCCUCCUUGGGACUCACGCAGACACAGGUCAAGAUCUGGUUCCAGAACAAGCGCUCCAAGUUCAAGAAGCUGAUGAAGCAGGGCGGGGCGGCUCUGGAGGGUAGUGCGUUGGCCAACGGCCGGGCCCUGUCUGCCAGCUCCCCACCUGUGCCGCCGGGCUGGAACCCCAACUCCUCGUCCGGAAAGGGCUCGGGCGGCAGCGCGGGUUCCUACAUCCCCAGCUACACUUCGUGGUACCCCUCGGCGCACCAAGAAGCUAUGCAGCAACCCCAGCUCAUGUGAGGUGGCCUGCCCGCACCCGCCCGCCUCCUUCCUGUCUCCCCCAGCCUGGCCCUUCCCGCCUCCCGGUCCAUCCACCCUGUCUGCGUGCCCUGGGUGCGAAGGAGAAGGGCCCAGAGGGAAGGAAAAAGGGACAGUAAAGGCAGGACGCCCGCCGCCUCCUAGCCCCAACCGGUCCGGCCCGGCGACUUCCCUGGCGCCCUCGGCCCGUGUUCUCGUCCCAACCCCGGCCUGCGCCUCGCGGUGACAAGGAAGAGCGGCCUCGCAGUACAGCGAGGAGACAGCCGGUGCGGCAAGACCAUCCCGCUCGACCCGACCCGCCGACCAUAGCAUUUGUGGGGCUAUCAGGAACAACAAAAGCAACGUCGAAAAAAGCAAAAGCUCUUUUCUGUCCUGUCUCUUGUCUCUUUUCGCUCUGUGUCUGUGCGCUGACGAAGUCAAGGUCCUCCUCGGUUCACCGUCCUCAUUCUUUGGCCUCUGCAAAUAGUCAUUGGAUCGAAGGGUACACAGUUCGCUGGGACGCCCAGCUCGGGAAUACUAGGAUGUUGUGUCAUUUCGGGCCUUCUUAUGGGCUCUACCUGGACACCUGUGUAGCUUGUUUGGGAACUGGGGGACAUUGGAGGGAAGGGGUUUUAUUUAUUAAAAAAUGGACUUCGCCUGAGGCUCAGAGUGCCCGCCAGUUCGCUGUUCCGCCGGGCGCGCGGAGCGCACUGUCCAAACGCACGUUUUACUUUAAACUCACCCGGACGAAUAAAGAGAACAUGGUGAUUUUUAACUUUUACAGUAACUUUUGUACUUCGCCGGUAUGGAGAGGUUGGAGCCGAGUGAUUUGCAUUUUUUACAUGUCCGUAUUAUUAAAAAAUAAUAAAAGAAAGAAAAAUGAAGCCAACAUGAUUUCUCAUCUCCGGAGGAACACGCUUGGUCGCUUUGCCUGGGCAAAGAGGAAAAUCUCUAUUCCCUCCGUGGGGAGAAAGAGAGGACUGACGGGCAGCAGAGAGAAAACAGACAGACAUGAGAGAGCUCCCUAAUCCAGUGGGCUUUAAAUUAAGACAAAAGCAGCUUUAAAACACUCCCCAGAGGCUCGACCACAGGAUAAUGCCAGUCACCACCCUGAACGCAGUCUCCAGUGCAGGAUUUGAUCGUUGUACAUAUUAUUAUUGUUAUUAAUUAUUAUUAUCUUUCUGUAAACAUGUUGCACAAGCUUAGCCUUUUUCCGUUCUGUUGUGUGUGGCUGUAAAACCCGAUGCUUUGUGAAAUGAGAAUCUUGACAUUUUACUUGUGAAAUUUGGAAAAUGUGAUCAAUUGAAAUCAACCGUGUUUUGUGUUCUCUAUGUCAAAGUUUAGUUUUAUAUUGAGAAUGUUAACUUAUUGCUUUGUAUCUUGGGGAAAAAAAAGAACUUUGUAAAUAAG